GCACUUCUUUGCUUAAUCAUACUUCAGUUACACCAUUUAAGUUACUCAAUAAUCAGCUCUACAGGCAAAGAUUAAAUCUUAAAAUAAAAUAAGGAAGAAAAAAUGAAUGAUAAAAGCACUACCACUUCUAGUUACUUUCGCACGCAGGGAAAGGUGCAGGUAUACCGAUAUAAUGGAUGUGCUUGCAGUGUCGUUGGCUGUGGUUAUUAUUAACUUUCCUUUGCUAACAUUAUGUGAGCCACUAUACGUUCUCUUAGCUCCUAAUUUGCUGAGGGUGGGUUCCCCAGAGAACGUGUUUGUGGAUGCUCAGGAUUAUUCUGGAGAAGACCUGAACGUGAGGAUUGUGGUCAAGAACCACCCACGGCAAAACCUUGAGUUAGUGUCCAAAUCGGUCAAACUGACAAAGGACAAUGAUUUCCAACUCCUUACAGACAUUAAGAUUCCUGCUGAUAAAAGCGUCUUCUCUGAUGAUCCUCUGGAGAAGCAGUAUGUGGUUCUGCAGGCUCAUUUUCCAGGCAACGUUCUGGACAAAGUGGUCAGAGUGUCAUUCCAGUCUGGAUAUAUAUUUGUACAAACAGACAAACCCAUAUAUACACCUGCCAGUACAGUUAAUUUCAGGAUCUUCUCCUUAACUCCUGAUCAGCACCCGCUUGACGGCACUUCUAUCACAGUUAACAUAAUGAAUCCUCAAGGCAUCACCAUUGAAAGUUCUUCAUUCUUUCCAACUGGAGGAAUGAAGAGUGGUUCUUAUCCUUUACCUGAAAUCACCAACUAUGGGCUUUGGAAGUUAGUUGCAAAAUACACGGACACGCCACAAAAGAACUUCACUACAGAAUUUGAAGUGAUGGAGUAUGUGCUACCAACCUUUGAAGUGACUUUAAACCCAAGCAAAUCAUUCUUCUAUGUGAACGAGGACAGCCUGACAGUCGAUAUAGCAGCUAAGUACCUGUUUGGCCAGAAGUUGACAGGAAGUGCAUUCAUGAUAUUUGGCAUCGUAGACGAUGAACGAAAGUUGAGCAUCGCUGACUCACUGCAGAGGGUUCCGAUUUCUAAUGGAGAAGGAAGGGGAGAACUGACGAGACAAAUGAUUCAGGGCACCUUCCCAAACAUCGAGCAACUGGUCGGGAAAUCCAUCUACAUUACAGUCACCGUUUUAACAGAAACUGGCAGUGAAAUGGUAGAAGCACACAGGAGAGGCAUUCAGAUUGUGACUUCACCAUACACUAUCCACUUCAAGAGGACACCUCAGUUCUUCAAACCAGGGAUGUCUUUUGAUGUCUCGGUGUACGUGACAAAUCCUGACCAGACACCUGCUGUAAGUGUGGAAGUGGAAGUCAAUCCUGGAGGGGUCAGAGGUCGAACAAAAGCCAAUGGCAUUGCAAAGGUCACCAUCAACUCUCAAGGAGAUUCUUCGAAGCUGGAGAUCACCGCAAAGACCAAUGACAGACAAUUAGAAGAUAAGCAGCAGGCGGUGAAGACGAUGACGGCUCACGCUUACAAACCCAAAGGCGGCUCCAACAACUACCUGCAUAUUGGCAUUGAUGUGGCAGAGCUGGAGAUCGGUGAUCAGAUGAAGGUUAAUCUGAAUCUGGGGAAGGGUGCAGAAGUCCAAAAUCAGGAUUUCACCUACAUGAUUCAAAGUAAAGGGCAGAUUGUGAAUGCAGGCAGGUUUAAGAGAACCGGGCAGUCUCUGGUGACUCUGUCUCUACCUGUAACCAAAGACAUGUUGCCGUCCUUUCGCUUUGUGGCUUAUUAUCAUGUGGGCUCAUCUGAGGUGGUCUCUGAUUCAGUGUGGGUUGAUGUGAAGGACACGUGCAUGGGAAAGCUGAAAAUUGAGGUAAAGAACCAGGAACAAUAUGCCCCAGGUGACCCCAUCAGCCUGAGAAUAUCAGGAGAUCCCGGAGCUAAAGUUGGCCUGGUGGCUGUAGAUAAGGGUGUGUACGUCCUUAAUAACAAGCACAGACUCACUCAGACCAAGAUCUGGGAUGUCAUUGAGAAACAUGACACUGGUUGUACAGCAGGCAGUGGUAAAGACAGUAUGGGGGUUUUCUAUGAUGCUGGUUUGAUGUUUGAGUCCAGCACGGCUGGAGGAACCAGCAUCAGAACAAUAAAUGAGUGCAUUGCACCAUCUGAAAGAAGACGGAGAGGACUGAUUAUUCAGGAAUUACAAAGGAAUCUAACUGCUAAAUACUUUCACUCGUCUGAUCUAUUGAAAUGCUGUUUGGAUGGAAUGUAUCGGGAUAAUUAUCAGGUAGCAUACUCCUGUGAGCGGCGAGCCGCCUUCAUCCUCGAUGGAUAUGAAUGCGUCAACGCCUUUCUGGACUGCUGCAGGGAAUACGAAUUGCAUAACAAAGUCCUAGAUCCAAACGAAGAACAACUCCUGGCACGCAGUGAGGAAGACGAGUUUGACGAAAACCAAGAAGACAUUUUGGUCCGUACACAGUUUCCUGAAAGCUGGCUUUGGGAGGAGAUCAAACUACCAGCCUGUCCACCAAACCAGAUCUGCUAUGAAACUCCUUUUGUGAGAAAUGGGCUUUACCUGAAAGACUCCAUCACCACUUGGCAGAUCACAGCCAUCAGCAUGUCCAGAGCUAACGGUAUAUGCGUGGCAGAUCCUUAUGAGAUCACUGUCAAGAAAAUCUUCUUUAUUGAUCUGAGAAUGCCUUAUUCAGCUGUGCAGAACGAACAACUGGAAAUUAAAGCUAUCGUUCACAAUUAUAGUAAUAAAAAGCUAAAGGUUCACUUGACAUUUCAGACAUCAGAUGGUAUUUGCAGCAGUGCCAGUAAAAAACGCAAAAACAGGGUAACGGUUGCAGUCAACCCCAUGUCUUCUAAAGCUGUCCCGUUCGUGAUCAUUCCUAUGGAGCGAGAGAAUCAGUGGAUUGAAGUGAAGGCGUGGUGCUCUUAUUAUGAUGAUGGAAUCAGGAAGAACCUGAGGGUUGUGUCUGAAGGUGUUCUUACUGAAGUCGAGGAUACAGUUGUGGACCUUAACCCGUCAAAGUAUCCAGAUGGCCUGCAGAAGGUUGCCAUGAGGAGUGGCAUCCCAAAUCGAAGAGUCCCAUACACACCCGCAUCCACAUUCAUCACAGUACGAGGUGAGGAGAUCAGUCAAACAAUCGAACAGGCCAUCAGUGGAAAUUUCAUGGGACAGCUUAUUGUCCAGCCCAAUGGCUGUGGAGAGCAAAACAUGAUCUACAUGACUCUACCUGUUAUCGCCACUCAUUAUCUGGACAGCACAAAUCAGUGGGAGACUGUUGGCAUGGAGCGCCGUAAAGAAUCUAUUAACCAUAUCAACAAAGGUUAUCAGACAGAGCUGACCUUCCGGAAACCCGACGGCUCCUAUGCUGCCUGGACGCACAAUCCCAGCAGCACAUGGCUCACAGCAUAUGUGGCUAAAGUAUUUGCAAUGGCCAAUGACUUGAUUGAGAUACAGGAAAACGUUAUCUGCAGCGCCCUCAGAUGGUUAAUCACUAAACAGCAGGCAGAUGGCACGUUUACAGAGACUGGCCCGAUAUACCAAAGCGAGAUGACUGGUAACGUACAAGGUAGAGACUCGGACGCCUCUUUGACUGCGUUUGUCCUUAUCGCCAUGCAAGAGGGCAGCAGGAUUUGUGCUCAAUCUGUCCAUAAUCUUAAAGGCAGUAUGGACCAAGCCAUUCAGUACCUGACGCUCAGACUUUACAGUCUGACCAGUCGUUAUGCUGUCGCCAUGACUUCUUACGCUUUGGCUAACGCUGGCAAGCUCAAUAUAGACGUCUUGAUGAGAUACUCCAGCCAAAACAAAGACGGAAGGUUAUGGCAAGUUCCCGGGCAGCGCUAUCACUCCCUUGAGGCCACAGGCUAUGCUGCACUUGCCUUGGUGAAGGCCAAGGAUUUUGAGAAAGCAGGUCAGGCUGUGCGCUGGCUAGCGAAGCAGCAAACCCGCUACGGAGGUUACGGCACAACACAGGCUACAAUCAUGGUGUUUCAGGCUGUGGCUGAGUACCGAAUUCAGAUAAAGAAAAAUACAGCUGUUAAUUUAAACCUGGACCUUUCUAUAGAAGAGAGGAAAAGUCCAAUCAGCUGGACUUUCCAAAAUUCCAACUUGCGCACUACACGCUCGGAAAAGUUUGAUAUCACCAGGAGCUUCAACAUGACGGUUCAAGGGAAGGGAGUGGCCACUCUCUCUGUGUUUUCUCUGUAUUACGCUUUACCGGAAGAGAAUGAAAACGACUGUAAAGUCUUCGAUCUCAACGUGAAGAUGGAGAAAGAGCUCUUAGUUUCUUAUCCAGGGGCCACUGAAAGUUACAAGUUUACCCUUGAAUACAUUUUUAAGGAUGCUGAAAGAGAUUCUACCAUGAGCAUUUUUGAUAUCGGCUUGCUUACGGGGUUUAAGGUGGAUGAACACGAUCUUAAAAAGUUGUAUAGUAGGAAAGAUAAAUACAUUCAGAACUUUGAGUUGGACAAAGAGCUUUCAGAAAGAGGAUCUCUGAUCAUAUACAUAGAUAAGAUAUCUCAUAAAGAGAGGGAAAUGAUUGCUUUCAGAAUCCAUAAGAUGAAUGAAGUGGGCAUGUUGCAGCCCGCUGGAGUCACUCUUUAUGAAUACAACUCUCCAGAUAAGCGCUGUGUGAAGUUUUACCAUCCUCAGAAGAAAGACGGAUCUCUGAAUCGACUCUGCAGCGAGUCGUUGUGCCAGUGUGCAGAAGAGAACUGCAGUCUGCAAAAGAGAGGAAAUAUUGACAUUAAGGCAACGCGUGAAGAACAGGCCUGUGUACCUGAAAUUGAGUAUGUUUAUAAAACCAGGGUGGAGGCUGUUGACUUUUCAGUGUACGCAGACAUCUAUAACAUGACCAUUGAAGAAGUACUAAAGGAAGGCACUGAUCCGGCUGUUGAAGGAACCAUAAGAUCUUUCCUAGCUCACCCUCACUGCAGACAGUUUCUGAAUUUUAAAAAGGGCAAGACCUACCUCAUCAUGGGCAAAACCAAAACUCUUCCCAAAAUUGGUGGAAGAUUGAGGUAUCAUCUGGGUGAGGACACCUGGAUUGAAUACUGGCCAACAGCUGUGGAGGGGCAGACGGAAACAUACAAAGACAAGUACAACGACAUUACCACACUCGCCAAGAAGCUCACCUUGGAUGGAUGUACCACUUAAAUAUAUUAAUUAGCUGAAAUUUAGUCAUUUCUAAUGGCUUUGAAUGCUGCCAGGUGCCAACUUUGCUUUUUAUUCCAAUGUAUUUACAG